CCACAAAUUAUCAAACAUCAACGGGGUACGCGUACGACCGCGCACCGUUGUACGAUUAACCGCGUUUUCGUUUUGUGUGCUGUUUCAACUGCGAACUCGUGACUUCUUGAGCUUGAAAAACUCUUUCUGCACGGCCAUGUUUGUCAAGACGAGCGUUUCUCGUCCAAAAUUCGUGUCGAUCCAUGGCGAGCAUAUCGCGUUCAAAGUACUAUCCAGCAGACUUGGUCUCCGUUUUAUACAUCAACAUUUGCCGCGUGUUAAGGAUUACAAAAAUAUGACGUUAAUCAUGCCGCUGAAAACAGGAUACAAUAUCCUUCAGAAGCGAUGUGUGCCCGACAGAAGCUAUAGAAAAAAUUUACAAUGGAACAAUUGGGAGAAGGACAAGCAGUUGUGGUUGGAAGUGCCGGAGGAACGGUUCAAGUUGUUCAAAUGGGUCAAGGAGGUCAAGCAAUGAUGUUACCACAAGCUAUACAAGUAGCAGCACCAAAUGGACAAAUACAAGUUGUUCCAGUAUCUAGUUUAACUGGUACAGGUCAACAAAUUGUAAUUCAACAACCACAAACACCUCAAAUCAUUCAAACUCCAGAUGGACAAACAUAUAUUUAUCAGCCAGUACAGUUAGAAGGUCAAGUUCAACAAGCACAACCCACAGUAAUUAAUAUCAAUGGAAAUCUUAUGCAAAUUCCUGGAACAGCAUCACAAACAACAACUACUGCAGCAACUACAACACCAGUGCAACCUUUAGCAAGCCCUACAGCAACAGCGUCUCAGGCAGGAAAUGUUGUCAUGAUGGUACCAGGAAAUAGUGGACAGACACAGUUUCAAAGGGUAGCAUUGCCAAAUGCAGAAGUUUUUGAAGAAGAACCUUUAUAUGUAAAUGCUAAACAAUAUAGGCGUAUAUUAAAACGUCGUCAAGCUCGGGCUAAAUUAGAAGCUGAAGGAAAGAUACCUAAAGAAAGACCAAAAUAUCUCCAUGAAUCUCGUCAUCGACAUGCAAUGAAUAGAAUUCGUGGUGAAGGUGGUAGAUUUCAUUCUGGUCAAGUAAAGAAGAGAAAUAGAACAAACGAAAACGCCAUGAUUACCCAGCACAUCACAACUUCGACCAGCACUAAUACCGUUCGUACUAUAGCAAUAGCAGCAGCAAAUAUAGGUGUACAGUAUCGCGACACAGAUAAUAUGGCCUCCACAAUUGUUAUUGAAAAACAAGGUAUUCCUCUUCAGGAUAUGAUCUCUGAAAACGAUAUUGUUACCUCAAACAAUUGUUUAAUAUAGAUAAAUGUUUAAGUUAAAUGAUAUAUGGAAAUGAUACAUGGAAAAAAAAAUAAUAAGUCAAAGAAGAAAAAUGUGUCGAUAAUGACAUCUUGUAUGUUUGUAUUAGUUUUGUACAUAGUACAAACAUAAUUCUUGAAGAUAAAAUGCUGUGAGAACCAUCAAAGUUGUAUAUAUUGCAAUUACGAAAAGUGUUUAUGUCUUAUAUUUUUUUAGCUUUUUUUUACACAUAGCCUAAUAAGACUUGAUAACACUAUUGCAUAGUACCACGUCCGGUAUAAUGAAAAAUUAAACUCGAGAUUAGAUAAUAUAUAUAACAUUUUGGUCAAAAAAAAAAUAUUUCUAUUAGUUAUAAUUAACUUUAAAUAUUUUGUGUAUAUAAAAGAUGUUUGCAGUGUUACAUAUCGAAUCUAUAAUUUCAAAAUAUCUAAAUUUUUAUACAAAUCAUAUCGCUACAUGCAAUCGAGAGACUGAACAUAAUUUAUUGUUACGUGCUGGGUACCAUUUUUAGAUUAGGUUUUAUAAGUAAAUUAAUCUUAACUUCCAUUAAAAUAAAAAAUAAACAAAAUGCAAAGAGUGUAUACAUCAAUAAGAUUUUUUGUAUAGUUUUAUGUGCAAGUACAAUUAAUUUAAUUUGAUGAAAGCUUUAUGAAAUGUAAUUAAUUAUUAGAAUAUUUUAUAAGAAAUUACUUGUAUUUUUUUCCAAUAGUUUAUGUAAAUAACAUGUUUAAUUUUGAAAUGUUAACUAUUUUGGCAGAAUGAAGGAGGCUAUAUAAUGUGUAUAAUCUACAUAGUUGAAAAUUUAUCAUAAUGAAUAAUUCAAUUUUAUGUUUAUGAUUAAACUGGAACUUUUGAAAAAUUAAUUAUUAUAUUUUGCUAUUAUAAGGAUAAUGACAUUUUUCUAAAAUUCUAACAUCAUGUCUAAGAAUAUUCAAAGGACAAACAAAAAAGAAUUAAUUUUAUUCAUAGUUAAAUACUAUUUCAUAAUAUAUAUUCAUAUACAGCAUCUUCUUUUACAAAUGUAUAAAUUAAAAUAAAAAAAGAAAGAAUGUUUCUUCGAAUAUAAAUAUUUUAUUAAAUGAUUCUAAAAUAAGUCGAAUUUGUAAAUAAUUGUAAGUCUACAAAUGUAAGAAAGAUUUACGUGAAAUAUUGAUAUUGUGUGUUCAGCGUGGAUGUAAACAACUGUAAAUUAAUAAUUAAAUUGGAUGAAAAUAGGAAAUAAUAUAUUUGUAAAAUAAUUAUAUAUAAGCAAAACA